UUUCCGUUUUCUUGUCAGGCCAGUUUCCGGGCCCGCCAUGAUGUUCAGAAGACAACGAGGAGCAACUGAAAGACCGUCGAAAUGGAUGUUAUGGAUUUAAACAACGAAAAUUAUAGUUUACAAAGAGAUAAUUACCGUCGUUUUGGAUAAGAAACCUAAGCUAACUGGUUAUUAAAGUGUUUAUUUCCAGUGACCGUUUUCUAACCAGUUAACUAGUUAGUGUAAAACAAGGUUAGCUGCGGGUAAUGUUUUUGUUUUGACUGGUAGGUACACGGACCAAGGCCGCAGAUCUCCUUCUCUCAUCGUAGGUCACACAAGGAUCAACAUCGUUUCCUGCGUGGACUGCAACUCCGAAAAGGAUCGUUUGAGGACUUUAUUUUAUUUGGACGUUUGAUUUUUUUCCUCCCCCCAGACGGAUUGAAGAUUUUUUUAGGACUUUGCGCCGUUUUACGGCGGAAGAGCGACGCUUACGGGCCUCGCAUGGACUCCUAACCGCGACCCCGGUGCCGCGCUGCUUUCCGCAGCUACAAGGCCCGUUGUUUCCGCGAGAGAGACUCUACUGACUGUAUUAAUAACCGUGAAAGAAAAACCCCGUAAUGGACACUCGAGGAACUGUACUUUUUCUUGUGUUUUACCGGACACUUAAUUAACGAACUGACCGGGUUAUUAAAGACGCUGCUUGCUGGUGUCCCGGUCUGUCACUACUAGUAGUUUGGUGUCUUUGACACAAACCGCUACAAGGACUAUCUGUGAAUACUUCCUCUUAGUUCAUUGCCUGUUUUCCCUUCGAUAUUAUCUUAUUAUAGAAUAAUCUGGUAGCUUCCCCCCACCUUCAGUCUCAGAUCGUAUCUACUACUGGUUAUUGUUAUUUCUUAACUAACGUGUUGUUUUCCCCCUCCUUUGUCUUUGAGUUUGAGUUUUUUAAGUGAUUAGUUGUGAGAAUGUCGUGUGUUCAUUAUAAAUUCUCGUCCAAACUGGACUACAACACCGUGACCUUUGACGGGCUGCACAUCACCCUGGCCGAGCUGAAACGGCAGAUUAUGGGCAGAGAGCGACUCAAAGCCACCGACUGCGACCUGCAGAUCACCAACGCACAGACCCGUGAAGAAUACACUGAUGAGGAGGUUCACAUCCCCAAACACUCGUCAGUGAUCGUCAGACGCACCCCCAUCGGGGGGGUCAAACCAGCAGGCAGAACGUUCAUUGUUGACCGUUCUGACAUGGCUGCUGGAUCCUCCAGACCCACCGACUCUUCACCGUCCGUCUCCCUGGCCCAGCUCUCUAAGACUGCCAACCUAGCGGAGGCCAAUGCAUCAGAGGAUGACAAGAUCAGAGCCAUGAUGUCCCAGUCCAACAGUGAAUAUGACCCCAUACAUUACUCUAAGAAGGCCAUAGGACCGCCUCCUGCACAUUACACCUGCUAUCGCUGUGGCAAGAACGGACACUACAUCAAACACUGCCCCAUGCAGAUGGAUAAGAGCGUAGAGGCUCCUAAGCCAAUCAGGACCAGUAAGGGCAUCCCUCAGAGCUUUAUGGUGAAGGCUGAACCAGGAACUAAAGGAGCCAUGUUGACCAGCACUGGAGAAUAUGCUAUUCCUGCUAUAGACGCGUAUGUACCAAACACUCUGUCUCUCUCUCUGUCUCUCUCUCUGUGUCUCUCUCUGUCUCUCUCUCUGUGUCUCUCUCUGUGUCUCUCUCUGUCUCUCGCCUAUGCUCUGGGUAACGACCUGAUGAAUGACGCUGUGGUCAUACCCUGCUGUGGUAACUCCUACUGCGACGACUGCAUCAGGACCAGUCUGCUGGACUCAGAGGAACACACCUGUUUCACCUGCAAACAGUCUGACGUCUCACCUGACGCUCUCAUCGCUAACAAGUUCCUACGACAGGCAGUGAAUAACUUUAAGAAUGAGUCUGGUUACACCAAACCAGCACGAAACAAAACCCUGCAGCAGUCUGCCCCGCCCCCAGCACGGCCUCAGCCAUUCAGAACCCUCGGCUCACGCCAGCAGGACCCCCUAUUGGCCAGCACUCGCCAGCAGGACCCCCUAUUGGCCAGCACUCGCCAGCAGGACCCCCUAUUGGCCAGCACUCGCCAGCAGGACCCCCUAUUGGCCAGCACUCGCCAGCAGGACCCCUAUUGGCCAGCACUCGCCAGCAGGACCCCUAUUGGUCAACGCUCGCCAGCAGGAUCCCCUAUUGGCCAGCACUCGCCAGCAGGAUCCUCUAUUGGCCAGCACUCGCCAGCAGGACCCCCUAUUGGCCAACGCCUCUCGCCCCCCAGCCUCCCUCACUCCUCCUGUCACCCUGACACACAGCCUGCCCAUUCAGACCCCACCGACGGGACCGGAUACCACAUGCCUAUGAUUGGUCACCCUCCACCCAUAAGGCCCUCCCACCCAUCAGGUCCACCUCCACAGCCCUCCCAUUCCCACAGAGGAGGACCAAGACCACCUUGGGACAGACUACCCCCUCAGCCCCACUACCCACACAGCCAGAUGCCUCCAGGGGUUAAUGCCCCCUGGGUUCCCCCUCCCAACACGCAGCCCCACUCGCUGGGCCCCCCGCCCCUCCUGUCCUCCGGACCCCCCCUCUCCAAGGAGGACUUCUACAGACAGAGGAGACUCCAACAGGAACAGGUAACGUCCAAGCUGGAUGAGUUCACUAAAGACUUUGCCAAAGAGCUGAUGGAAUACAGACCUGCUCCCAAGAGACGGAGACGCUCCUACUCCAGGUCUCGUUCCUACAGUCGUUCUCCGUUCAGCCGUUCUCCCUACUCCCGAUCUCCUCGCUCCCGCUCCAGGUCUUACUCGUACACCCCCAGUCGUUCCCGCUCCCGUUCCAGGUCUUACGGACGCUCCCCCUUCGCCAGACGCAACGGAGGCCGGGGAGAACGCAGCCGCUCCUACGGCCGCUCGCCACGGUCCCGCUCACGCUCCCGUUCCUACGGCUACCGUCGCUCCGGCUCUCCUCGCUCCCCUCCGCCUUACCGUGGUGGUGAGCCGGCUCCUUACGAGCCCAAAGGCGGACCUGACCUGUCUCCCGGGGGCAGGGAGCGCUGGGAGAGAGACAGCUACAGACAGUGGGAGAAAGAGUACAGGGACUGGUACAACAAGUACUACAAAGACUACAGUACCCAGCAUGCCUCGGUGCACCACCGCGGUGGCCGGGGCAGCAGAGAGAGGGACCGCCUCACCCCUCCUCCCAGAGACUACUCCCCCCAGGGGCGGGUGAGGAGGGGUGAGAGAGGGGGACCUCCCGGACCCCACAGAACUCACCACGCCUUGUCCGCUCUGCCCUCUGCCUCCGUCCGGGGGGGCGGAAGUAAGGAACGCACGCAGGGGGGAACCAAAACGUCAGAGGGCGGAACUAAAACUCUGAAAGGGAAGAAACUGAAGAAAAAGAAGAACGGGGAGGAGCUGGAUUCAGCCGACCAAUCGCUGGACAGGGGAGACGCCACACCCGUCAGGGACGAGCCAAUGGAUGAUCUCCACACCCUGACUCCUAGCAAAGCCCCACCCACCUCCACCAAGGCCUCGAGCAAUAAGGCAGCGCUGCUGUCCGACCGAAUCCAGAGGAGUGAAGGAGGAAGGAAGAGGAGGGGGCGGGAGGGAGGAGAGUCGAGGGCGGGGCCUGAGCCAAGGCGACAGCGUCUGUGUUCUGACCUGGGUAGAGAGACGGACGAGGCAGCCUUCGUCCCCGACUACAGCGAAGGGGAGGGGUCAGACGGGGAGCGAGGCAGUGGCCUGAGCCAUAGCCCCUCUCACAACACCCAGAGCCCCGCCUCCCAGAGCCCCGGCGGCUCCCCUAGCAACCACAGCGGCUCCACGGCGACGGACAAGAAGAAGAAGAAGAAACACAAGAAACAUAAAAAACACAAGAAGCACAAGAAGCAUUCUGCCGACGUUGAGCCUCCCGUCGAAGGAAGGAAGGAACACAAACACAAGAACAAGAAGAAGAAGCACAGGAAGAAUAAAGAGGAAGAGGGAGGAGGAGGAGGGGAGGCAGAGGAGAAGACUGGGCAGGAGUCAGCCACCAUCUGAGACCCUGCUAGCUCCGUUAGCAUCUAGCUCAUGGUUACAACCUGAGUUUUUCUAGUUCAUGCUAGCUCUUUUAGCAUCUAGCUAAAGACUACAACUGAGACUGCUAGCUCAUGCUAGCUCCGUUAGCAUCUAGCUAAUGGUUACAACCUGAGUUUACUAGCUCCGUUAGCAUCCAGCUAAUGGUUACAACCUGAGUUUGCUAGUUUAUGCUAGCUCCGUUAGCAUCUAGCUAAUGGUUACAACCUGAGUUUACUAGUUUAUGCUAGCUCCGUUAGCAUUUAGCUAAAGGGUAAACCUGGACAAAACCUUCUUGUGGGAUACUUUGUCAAAUUCUUUUAAGUACUUAAGCUGAGCUGGAUAUAGUUUAUCUAUAAUGGAACCACUGGAGCUCACCUCAGAUAUUUGUAAGUAUUUUGUGUUUUCUGUUAAUGUGAUGCUGUCUCCGAUGCAGGUUCUCUGUGAAUGUGUUUUUGUACAAAGAUGAUGCUGCAUUAUAUUCAAUUACCCUGAUCUAUGGCUAUAAGGUGUCUGAAACUCUGAAGCGUCCCAAAUUUAACCCUGUACACUAUAUAGUACACUACGUUUGACCAGAGUCGUAUGGGCCCUAGUCAUUAGAGCCCUAGUUUUGCAGGACUCUGGUCGAACGUAGUUCACUGUAAAGGGAUUAGAGGUUAAUUUGGGACACCUCCCUGAUGUAUAGUAGGUUAUAUCAUCAUGUUCAUAUGAACUGAUCUGAAGCCGGGCUGACUGAUCUGAAGCCGGGCGGACUGAUCUGAAGCCGGGCUGACUGAUCUGAAGCCGGGCUGACUGAUCUGAAGCCGGGCUGACUGAUCUGAAGCCGGGCUGACUGAUCUGAUGCCGGGCUGACUGAUCUGAUGCCGGGCUGACUGAUCUGAAGCCGGGCGGACUGAUCUGAAGCCGGGCGGACUGAUCUGAAGCCGGGCUGACUGAUCUGAAGCCGGGCUGACUGAUCUGAAGCCGGGCGGACUGGAUCUGAAGCCGGGCUGACUGAUCUGAAGCCGGGCUGACUGAUCUGAAGCCGGGCUGACUGAUCUGAUGCCGGGCUGACUGAUCUGAUGCCGGGCUGACUGAUCUGAAGCCGGGCGGACUGAUCUGAAGCCGGGCUGACUGAUCUGAAGCCGGGCUGACUGAUCUGAAGCCGGGCUGACUGAUCUGAAGCCGGGCUGACUGAUCUGAUGCCGGGCGGACUGAUCUGAAGCCGGGCUGACUGAUCUGAAGCCGGGCUGACUGAUCUGAAGCCGGGCUGACUGAAUGGUGACUAGUGGAAGUUAAUGUUAUUAAACUUUUUUUCCCCUUUAAACUUUCUGAUUGUUGUCUUUUCAUGUAUAGUUUGGUGAAUAAAACCUGUCUAAUGUUUAUCAGAAUACCA